UCUCAUCAUGGCGGGAUGCAUGAAAAUGAUAAACGGUUUCAAGUCUUCAAGGGCUAAAUUAAAGGUUUUCAUGGUGCUGCUUGUCUGUUUACCUAAAACCUCACUCCAGGAUACAGGUAACAAACAUCCAAUAAUUGAUCUGCUGGAUGGAGAGCAGUCUGUUUUGUCAGGAUCCAACCGGUUCUGUUACAAAAACUCCAUAGUGCCAAGCUGGAGGCAAACAUGGACAAGAAUUCAGAUCAAAGUGUGGAGUUCAAGCGUGUUCAAGGUGGAAACUGUGGAAGGUGAGGAGGAGCUGCAGGAGCUGGACCGCUUCAGUUUCUGGGGCUGGUUUCAGAGCUUGCUACGUGAACGGCACAAUGAAACCACAAUUAACAUCAGCCUGUUCAGCAAGAAGACAUGCUUCAAGAUUGAUCCCAGUGAAAGAACUCAUUACACUGUCAAACCUGUCCGCAAGUUUGAUAUUUAUCUGUUUUUGGUUUUCCUCUCUGGGGCGUUGUUGUUCGUCUUUGCAGACUCACUCAGCAGGAGUCAAAUUUUUUUCUACUCUGCUGGUAUGAGCACAGGCAUGAUCGCCUCUCUCAUCAUCCUCUUCUUCAUUUUGGCACGCUUUUUGCCAAAGAAAAGCCCUUUCUAUUUGUUGAUUGUUGGCGGCUGGUCCUUCUCUGUGUACGCCAUCCAGCUUGUCUGCAGGAACCUCAACAUUAUUUUGCGAGAACACUGGCACAUGGCAUUAGGUUAUGUAGCAGUAGUGGGAUUCAUCAGUUUUGCUGUGUGUUACCGUUACGGUCCUCUGGUGGAUGAGAAGAGCAUUAACAUCUUGUCAUGGACGCUGCAGCUGUUUGGCCUGCUCCUGAUUUACUUAGGAAUUCAAAUUCAGCAAGUUGCAUUCGCUAUCAUCGUGGCAGCUUUGUUCUCCAAAAAUCUGGAGUACCCAGUCUCUAUGGUAGUCAUUGCAUGGAGGAAAAUCAGACAGUGGGUUCGCUGGAAGCCAGAGCCACGUCGCCUGUUGACUGAGGAGGAGUAUCAGAAAGAGGGGGAGGAAGAGACUCGACGUGCACUGGAAGAGCUGAGGAAGUACUGCAACAGCCCCGAGUUCAGCCCAUGGAAGGCAGUGUCGAGGCUUCAGUCCCCGAAAAGGUUUGCUGAUUUUAUCGAAGGGUCACCUCACUUAAUGCCAAACGAGGUGUCUGUCCACGCGCAGGAAUACGGCUUUGGGGGAUCGUUUUUUGAGGAUGAAUUUUUUGACACCGAUGACGAGGAAGAAGACAUGAUGCCUAUGAUGAAACUGGAGUGAGAGAGCACAGUGUUGGAGAUGCAUAAAAACAGGAACAAUUCUUAUUAUUGCCUUUCAGAAAGGUGGUUGGAGAACAGCUCUCCCUGGCUACUGUGCAAGACUGACUGUGAGCAAUGUACUGUGGAGGAUGGUUUAAGAAAAGCCUGCGUUGUCACCUCAGUCACAGGAGCCACAUGGUGUCCUGGCUUUCAACAAGUGAUUACUUCCAUUUUCUAUUUAUCAUCUGGCUUUCAACAAAAAGUCACUGACAAUCACAGGCAGAACACUGAGGUCAGAUCAACAUAAAAAACUCUAUGUAAUGUUGUCUCAAAGAAUGUGCACUAAAGCCAGAUCUCUUCUUUUUAGGGAACAAAGGCAUUUGUUAAAAUUGAGCUUACAAAUACACUGAAACCCCGGUAAGAGGUCAAAGCAGGUCAACAUUUCCUGGGUAAUGGUAGUUUGAAGUUGUGUCGUCUUUAGUCAUUGGAUAGAAAAGGUUUUCGUUUUAAAAACAAUUGUGUUUACAGCCAUUAGGCUCUAAAUUGGUUCACUGCAAUGAGUGUCCAGAUGACGUGUAUGUACAUCACUGUGAUAAGGUCGCACCUCUCUGAACAGUAGCACGAUAACGGUGGUAGUUAUUAUUCCAGCUUUCUGCUCGUGGAGAAAAUGUUUGGUCCUGUUUGUGUUCCACAUUUUUCCAUUCAUUUUAAUUAACAUAAAACAGUGGAGUGUCACAGUAUUUUGAAUAAAAAAAAUUAUUUUGAGCUCUGACAUGCAUGUAUUGGUAUCAUUUUAUAAGACUGUUAGGA